CCAUUACUACAGGGUCUACAGCACACAAACACUUGCAGCAUCAGCAACACAAACACGGUAGCAAAUGAUGGCCACCACCACCAGGCUUGCUGCUGCUCUGACUUCACUUGCUGCGCUGCUGUGUUCGGUCAUGACUUCCUGCCAUGCUGACGGCUACGGUUACUACCCCAGCCCGACCCCGACGCCGACGCCGACGCCGACCCCGAGCGGCGCCGGCCUGGCCGUUGGCUUCUACAGCUACUCGUGCCCCAACGCCGAAGCCAUCGUGAGGGGCGUCGUGACGAAGGCCGUGCAGCAGAACCCUGGCGUCGGCGCAGGACUCAUCCGAAUGCUCUUCCACGACUGCUUCGUCCAGGGUUGCGACGGCUCCGUGCUCCUCGACCCAACCACGGCGAACCCGCAGCCGGAGAAGCUAUCGCCGGCCAACUUCCCGAGCCUGCGUGGUUUCGAGGUCAUCGACGACGCCAAGUCCGCGCUCGAGGCCGCGUGCCCGGGCACCGUCUCCUGCGCCGACGUCGUCGCCUUCGCCGGCCGCGACGCCAGCGCCGUCCUCAGCGGUGGCAGGGCCAACUUCGCGAUGCCCGCGGGGCGCCGCGACGGCCGGGUGUCCCUGUCCAGCGAGACGCUCCAGUUCCUGCCACCUCCGUCCUUCAACCUCUCCCAGCUCGCCGCCAGCUUCGCCGACAAGGGGCUCGGCGUCGACGACCUCGUCGUGCUCUCCGGCGCGCACACCGUCGGCCGCUCCCACUGCUCGUCCUUCGUCAGAGACGGCCGCCUCAACGCGUCCACGUCCGACAUGAACCCCGCGCUGGCCGCGUCGCUGCGGCAGCAGUGCCCGGCCAACGCCGCCACUGACAACACCGUGGUGCAGGACGUCGUGACGCCGGACGCGCUGGACAACCAGUACUACAAGAACGUGAUGGCCCGGAACGUGCUCUUCACGUCGGACGCGGCGCUCCUCCAGUCCUCGAAGACCGCGGCGUCCGUGGCGCUCAACGCCAUUGUGCCGGGGCUGUGGGAGCAGAAGUUCAAGGUGGCCAUGGUCAAGAUGGCCAGCAUCGGGGUGAAGACCGGCACCAACGGCGAGAUCAGGACCAACUGCCGGGUCGUCAACUAGUUGGUUUCUCAUGCAGGGAUCGCUUUUUUUUUUGAGUGUAAACCGUGUGUGAACUGUUUUAAUUUUGCAUAUGUUGCAUAUUUUUGUAUCUGUUAUAUUAUUACG